GUCAAAUAAUUUUGGCAAUUUUGGCCCACUAAGUAAGGUGGUUUCAAUAACCACACCACUAAGAGGAUCAACACAAAUAGGAGAGACUGAAAGAGAAAUAAAUGAAAAUGCAAUUAUACAACCUACAUAA